AUGUACCUCCAGCACGAGAUGUACUCGUUCACGUCGCGGUCCGUGGCCGAGCCCGAGACACCGGUCCCGCUCCUCGCACGGGGCAGCAUGCCGGCCAUGCGCGCGCGCUUCCAGCUCGAUGUUGUGCUCGAGCACGUACACAUCUCGCACCAC